AUGGCGGAUAUAGAGAAACAGCCUGUCCAAGAAUGCCAUAAAGAAGACGAGCCCAAAAAAGGCCCCGAGCCAGAGCCCAAGAGUCCGAGCCCCCGCCGCCGCCGCUUCGUCCUGAUAUUGAAGAUCGUCGCCGCCGUCAUCGCCGUCGUCGUCCUCGGGAACCUCAUCUUCUGGGCAGUUAUCAACUUCCGGAAGAUGAAGUUCUACGUCACAGACGCUACGCUGACGGAGUUCUAUCUCACCGAAGACAACAACCUCCACUACAAUCUCCGCCUCAACCUCACCGUCCGUAACCCAAACAAGCGGAUCGGCUUCCGGUACGAUCGCGUCGAGGCCGGGGCAUUCUACGAUGGCGAUAGGUUCGACUCCGGGAAUCUCCUGUCGUUUUACCAGCCCCCCAAGACCACCACUGUCGUCGACGCUUGGUUUUCGGGCGUUAAAAAGUUGUCACUUGGUUUUGACGAGAUUAAGGAGUUUUACGAGCAGAAGGGUUCUGGGGUUUACCCUGUUGACGUGAAGAUUCGUGUUUAUAGCAGUAUCAAACUGGGUAAGAUCAACGUUGGGGAUUUUAAGGUUAAGAUCAAGUGUGGUUUGAAGAUUCCUAUGAUUAGUACUACUACUAAUAGUGAUGGACAAUCAUGGGCAAGUUAUACUUCUAGUGCUGGUUUUAGGACUGCUCAGUGCCACGUGGAUUUCAAUCCUCUUAUCGUAAUUUACAAUGACUAG